AUGCCACCGGAACGAACUAUGCCAUCAUCCAUUAAGAACAAAAUCAAGCGUGAGGAGGUCGCGCGCAAAGCCAAACGGACCAAGAGGCAGGAUAAACUCCAAAAGCGCCUGGAGAGGGCGAAGAUCGAAGCAAAGGAUCCAGCGGUAAAAAGGAAACGGCUUGAAGAGAAUGUUCCCCGCACGCUGGACAACACCCGUGAAUACGACCCUAGCUUCUUGACCGCAAAUCCAGCCUCCUCCUCUUCGGCUCAACCCGACGCGGGACCUUCAAACACUCAACAAGAUGGGGCCCUUGAAGGAACACAUAUACCGGAGAACGAUGCCGACUUCGCCAAUGACCCCUUUGCCUCUUACUUUACGGCUGCGGACCCCACGAAGCCUCCAAAAGUCCUUGUAACUACCUCGCCUCGUGCAACAAGGGCGAGCUAUGAAUUCUGCGAAGAACUGUGCGCUAUCUUCCCCGGGUCAGAAUUUGUGAGGCGCAACAAGAAGAGCCGUGGCUUCGAGAUGGGAAGAAUCGCUGGAUGGGCGGCGGGCAGAGGUUACGGCGCGCUGAUGGUCGUAAACGAGGAUAUGAAAAAGCCCAAUGCCAUCACCAUCGUGCACUUACCUGAGGGACCGACGGCGUAUUUCAAGCUCACCUCAAUCCAGCUAUCGAAGCAGAUUCAUGGGCAUGCGCGUGCCACCGCACAUUACCCGGAACUGGUCUUGAAUGGCUUCGUUACUCGUCUAGGUCAUGCGGUUGGGCGAAUGUUUCAGACGCUUUUCCCUCCACUCCCAGAAUUUCAGGGCCGGCAAGUAGUAACGUUGCAUAAUCAACGCGAUUUUCUAUUCUUCAGGAGACACCGGUAUGCCUUCCGCUCAACUGAGAAAGUGGCGCUUCAGGAGAUCGGUCCUCGAUUCACCUUGAAGUUACGUUCGCUGCGCAAGGGGCUGCCCGCUGUCCAAAACCUCGGCGUUCCGCCGAAACCGCUGGAGUUCGACAACGGUGAGGUCGAUGAUGAGGAGCAGGCGGAGGCUGAGCGGGAUCAGCGCGAUGGUGAAAGCGGAGGAGACAAUGCCCAAGACGACGUGGACGUCGGAGCGGAUCCGUUGGGAGAAAAGGAAAAGGAAAAAAGAGGGAAGGCGUCCGUGGCUCCGACGCAGGACGAAUACCAGUGGAUGUGGAAGCCGGAAUUGGAGACGACGCGACGAACGUUCUUUUUGUGAUGACGAUUAUAUGUUUGAGAGAUGUGGAAUCAGAUGCAGC